CGCGUAGCACCGCCCUAACCCUCGUCGUAGUUUCGUUGGAGGCUGCCAAGUUCUCUCGUCAGCCCCGCCGCAUUGCCGUUAUCAGGCGAAAAAUGGCCGCAGGUCCUCUCUCUGCCUCCUCUAACGCGUCGACGAACAACGAUGGAAUCCUUAUCGGUGACAAAGUCUACUCGGAGGUCUACCUCACUAUCGACAACUCUCUCAUACCGGAGGAAAGGCUAUCUCCAACGCCGUCAAUGCUCGACGGCCUCGACCUGAACACGGAGACCGACCUUCGGAUCCUGGGAUGUGAACUGAUCCAGUCGGCGGGCAUUCUACUACGAUUGCCACAGGUGGCAAUGGCAACUGGACAAGUGCUCUUCCAUCGAUUUUUCUACUCCAAGUCGUUCGUCAAACACAGUUUUGAGAUUGUUGCUAUGGCUUGUGUCAAUUUGGCCUCCAAGAUCGAAGAAGCGCCGCGGCGAAUACGAGACGUCAUCAACGUGUUUCACCACCUACGACAGAUUAGAGGCAAAAAGAGUGCAAGUUCAUUGAUACUUGAUCAGAACUACAUAAAUACCAAAAACCAAGUGAUCAAAGCAGAACGGCGCGUCCUGAAGGAGCUGGGCUUCUGUGUGCAUGUCAAGCACCCACACAAGAUCAUCGUUAUGUAUCUUCAAGUCCUGGAUUGUGAAAAGAACCAAACGCUGGUCCAGACUGCCUGGAACUACAUGAAUGAUAGUUUAAGGACCAAUGUGUUUGUAAGGUUCCAAGCUGAGACCAUUGCCUGUGCCUGCAUAUAUCUAGCCGCAAGAGCUUUACAGAUGCCUCUGCCAUCCAGACCUCAUUGGUACCUGUUGUUUGGAGCCAAUGAAGAGGAGAUCAGGGAAAUCUGUAUCACCACGCUCAGACUCUACACUAGGAAGAAGCCUAACUAUGAGCAGCUGGAGAAGGAGGUGGAGCGGAGGAAAAUGUUCCUAGCAGAGGCUAAGCUGAAGGCUAAAGGUCUGAACACAGAUGGCACCCCAGCCCUCUCCAAUCUUGGAGGCUUCUCCCCAGCCUCCAAGCCCAACUCCCCGAAUGCUGUCAAGGUAGAAGAAAAGUCCCCAAACCCCCAAGCCCUUAAGCCUGUAAAGAAGGAGCCAGACAAUAGGAACCAGGUCACAAAAAGCCCACACAAUGGGCUAAGAAAAGAAACAAAGAUUGGGAGGAACAGCAGGAGCGGAAGCCGAUCUCGCUCUAGAACAAGAUCUCGAUCUAGAUCCCGUUCUCCUCGCAGACAUUACAACAACAGACGCAGUCGCUCGGGAUCCUACAGCUCCCGCUCCCGUUCCCGCUCCCACAGCCGCAGCCUAUCGCCACGACGACACCAGCCCUCCCCCCUCCUCACGCAUCUUAAGCCAAAGGCUAGUCACCACGGCAACAGUGAAUCCAAGCUCCCUGCACGUCACAGCAACAGCGGAGGGGGAGGGUCUGGACACAAGAGGAAGCGCUCUCGCUCACGCUCCAGGUCGCGGUCUCCUGUCAAAGGAGAGCGGGAGCGAGACAGGGAGAGGGAAAGGGAGAGGGACCGAGAUCGGAGUGCUUCUGACCUCUCCUCCUCCAAGAAGCACAAGCAUGAGAGGGGCGGAGGCCACCACCGUGGGGAGAGGAGGGACAGGGAGAGGUCUCGGUCCUACGACAGGGAGAGGGAGCGCAGCCACAAGAGCAAACACCACAGCAGUAGCGGGCACUCAGGACACAGCCGUCACCGCCGCUGAACUCAUUCUCGAGCUCUCGGCCUCACGCAAACAGGUUUACGGUUUUUCAAACACAUCUUGGAUCAUUUUUUACCCAUCAGUCCAUAAUAGCUGAAUCUGGACUCCAAAUUUGUGACUCACUAAUGGCAAGUAUCCCGUGGUUGUGGAAAAUAUGCUGAAACAAGCCCAUGUGAAGAGAAUUUGUGUUACUCUGGGAUGGGUGGUAGUUUUGUCCUCCUUGGUCCUGGGGUAAAACAUAUUAAUGCUGUUAUGUGCAUUUGAAAUAUCAAUGAAGGUGUUAAAUUCUCUCGAGCCCUUCAUCUGGCUUGUACAUUAGCAAGUAUCUUGAAUUCUGAAUUUAACUUAAGUUGCUGACGGGGCUAUUUCGCUAAACCCAAACUAGACCACAGAUUUCCUUUAGCUGUAAUUGGUAAAUGUAGCUGUUGAUUCUGUAUUUAUAAAAUGACAGAUGUGCUUGAAGAACCAAACUUGGCUGUCAUUAUUGAUCUGCUGCGGAUGGUGAAAGUUUUGUUGUCAAAACGAUUUUUAUCAGUCCAAUAACGGAUCAUUGGUAACAAGUGGUCCCAUCCAUAGGCAGUGUUGGUUACCUUGUCACAGUGUGGCAUCGUCAGCCCCGGAUGACCAAACCUCUCUACUUUUACGAUUUUAUUAAUAUUUUGUUUGUCUGACCUCACCCCUUUAUUAUUUUCACAUAUUCCGCCCCUGUAUUUUUUGUUCCGUAUGUAAAGUUGAAUACUUGGAGAAUUGACAUUUACAGUGUAAAGAUGGUUAAAUAACUGCUGACACGAACGCUUUGAUUUAUAAAAGCAAAUGGCUCAGUGGAAGAAUUGAAUGGAAAAUUGUCAAUAAAAUGGAUCUUUCAGGAAUAAACAUUGUUGUUUUUGCACAUUACAGGACUGGCAGGAGAAGGGGUGCUCUGCUAAAUUUCAUGAUGUAUUUGCAAGCACUUAAUCUGUUAUUGUUACAGUUCAGUUGCAAAGCAACGUCUUUUUUUUUUUUUUUUUACAGCAACGGGA